GGCGCGGGGGACUAAAUGGCUGCUGGUGCAGAGUGGGGCUGCCCCGGCACCAAGGGCUCGUCCCGUGGCCGGAAGGACAAAGGACACUUAGGGGACGAGGGCCGCCGAGCCAGCGCGGAGCGCCUUCCGGCUCCGUGGGCUGAGGCGGGCUGUGGGUUGGGGCCGGGCCGACCCCCGCGGUGGGGCCCACCCCGCAGGACAAAGCAGCGGCGCCGCGCCCGCUCCCACCGCCGCGGCCCCGCCCCUCGGCGCGCGCCCGGGGCUCGUGCAUGUGAGCACGCGCGCCGGAGACGGUUAGAAAUGGCGGUUGGGGCGGAGCAGGGGGCUGACGCGGGAAGCGGGGCUGUCUGGCUCGGUUACGCCCCCGCCUCGCCAGGAAUCCAGGAGCCGUCCCUUAAGCUCCUAGGAUUUUUAGAUGUUGAAAAUACUCCCUGCGCCCGGCAUUCAAUAUUGUAUGGUUCAUUAGGAUCUGUUGUGGCUGGCUUUGGACAUUUUUUGUUCACUAGUAGAAUUAGAAGAUCAUGUGAUGUUGGAGUAGGAGGGUUUAUCUUGGUGACUUUGGGAUGCUGGUUUCAUUGUAGGUAUAAUUAUGCAAAGCAAAGAAUCCAGGAAAGAAUUGCCAGAGAAGAAAUUAAAAAGAAGAUACUAUAUGAAGGUACCCACCUCGAUCCUGAAAGAAAACACAACGGCAGCAGCAGCAAUUGAACAAUCUUGAGCACAGAAGUCAAUGUAAAUGAAGUUAAGAUCAACCACAUAAAACAUUUCAUGUGCAAUAAACUCUCAAUCAAGUAAAUAAA